AUCGCGGCAGUUAGCUAUCAGUGCUUGACUAGAAUGGAGGUAAAUCUUUUUUAUCUGACGGUGCUUGUUUCGAUUGUCGCCGGUAUUUACUACUGGGUGACCAAAAACAAUGGCUAUUUCCACGAUAAACCAAUUCCAUCGUUGGCCGUGAAACCAUUUUUUGGGUCUUCGGCGUCGCUGUUACUUAAGCAGACCACCUUUUUCGACUUUAUUCUUUCUAUCUAUAGAAAGUUUCCCAACGUCAAAGUCCUUGGAGUGUUCGACACAACAACGCCAAUGUUUGUCAUUCGGGAUCCACAGCUGAUCAAGCGAAUCGGUGUCAAAGAUUUCGACCACUUCGUGGACCACAGGCCUACAUUCGGGAAUAGUGACGAGUCAGAAAACCCACAUGCCCUGUUCGCGAAAACCCUGUUUGCGCUAAAUGGCCAACGGUGGCGGGAUAUGCGGGCAACACUCAGUCCAGCCUUCACCGGAAGUAAGAUGCGACAAAUGUUCCAGCUGAUGGAGGAGUGCAUUCAUGCAAUGAUUACCCACUUAGAAGCGGACCUGAAGAAAAAAGGUUCCAUGGAGGUGGAAGUGAAAGAUGUUCUAUCGCGAUUGGCAAUGGAUGUGAUUGCUUCUUGUGCGUUCGGGCUGAAGGUGAAUUGUUUUGAAGAACGAGAAAAUGAGUUUUUCAAGCAUGCCAAAAAAAUGAUGCUAUUUGGAAGGACAUCAGUCUUACUGAAAGUGAUAGUCUUUCGAUGGUUUCCUGAAAUUGCCAGCCGGUUUGGGUUGGAUAUCAUAGAUAAGGAACAGGCUGUAUAUUUCACUAAUAUCAUCAGAGACACGGUGAAAACGCGAGAGACAAAAGGAAUCAUUCGGCAUGACAUGAUUGAUUUAUUACUGCAAGCCAAAAAAGGAACACUGAAGUAUAACCAGGAAACAGAAGUGCAUGAGGGCUUUGCAACGGUACAGGAAUCAGACGUGGGAAAAGUUCAGGUGACGAAAACGAUGACAGAACCAGAAAUGAUUGCCCAAUGUUUGAUAUUUUUGCUCGGAGGCUUCGACACUGUAUCCACAGCCGCAACCUUCCUUAUUUAUGAACUAAUUCGUAAUCCCGAAAUUCAGGAAAAAUUGUACCAAGAAAUUUUGGCAACUGAAAAAUCCCUUAAUGGAAAGCCACUAACAUACGAUGCCCUUCAAGGUAUGAAGUACAUGGAUAUGGUAGUGUCUGAAUCCCUUCGCAUGUGGUCACCAGCUCCGGCAGUUGAUCGUCUCUGUGUUCGGGACUACGUAGUGGACGACGGUGAAGGUCUUCGGUUUACCAUAGACAAGGGAACGUGCGUCUGGAUACCGGUUCAAGGAUUACAUCACGAUCCAAAGUAUUUCCCUGAUCCGGAGCGAUUCGAUCCGGAACGUUUUAGCGACGCCAAUAAAGCCAACAUCAACUUGGACGUCUAUCUGCCGUUUGGUAUUGGACCAAGAAAUUGCAUUGGAUCACGGUUUGCCCUGAUGGAAGUCAAAGCUAUCGUCUAUCAUAUGCUGCUUAAAUUUCCUUUCCAACGAAGCGAAAAUACGCAGAUUCCUUUGAAGCUGAAAAAGGGAUUCGUUACUCUAUCGACGGAGAAGGGCAUGUAUAUGCAGUUGCAAGCUCGAAGUUAAGCAGUUACUAUGGGACAAGAAUGAAUAUUUAUCUUGAGGCGUGAUAAGAUAUCAGAGGAUUCCUUCUUCCCAAAGUGGUUAUCAAUUUAUUGUGUGCAAACCUCUCCUAGUGGCUUGUCUUAUCAUGUAAUCAACGUGAGAUAAAGACACAACACAAAAUUCAAUGUCAAAUAAAUUGUAUAUUUUUUUUUUUUUAAAUAA